AUGACUUCACCAACCUCUAGAAAAACUGUACGAUUGGCAUCUUUGUUAAGCGGAAACAAGAUCGUGAAGACGGAAGGUACUGGAAAUUUUGAUAAACCCGAUGUUUCUGCGGACGAUUUCUUGGAUGGCAUUGAGGAUUAUUCCACGAUUCCGGCUGCAGACGACGAUUCUUACGUCAGUGAUACCAAUUUGAAUGAUUGUGAGGUCGUACACGAUCCGAAGACGCCCAAAAUAUCGUUGAAAGAUGUUCUAACGGGUAAAGUAAACAAAGCUAGCAAGCCGGUAAAGAAUUCCGGAAACGACGCGGUGAUAGAGGACCUGGAAGUGCUACAUGUUAACGAUGAUCAAGAGAAAAACAGAGAAGCGCACGAGCGUAUUAUGUCGGCCCUUGGGAGCGCUAAGAAAACUAAUGUCAGGAACCUUUUUGGCAACUUUAAGAAGAGGCCCCGCGGUGCGGAUAGCAACGAGCCAAAACAGGAUAUCCUAGUUAAUGAACCUUUGAAACGAAUGCAUGAUAUUUCAACUUUACAGGAAGUGGUACUUCCCUUCCCACUUCAACAACAUGUAACAGGUCCUUUGGAAGAAAUUCCUCGGCGGCCUCUAUCACUUCCCAGAAAAACGACAAAUGUUGGGUCGGGCGAGGAUGUGCUGGACUCCAAGGAAUACAGCUCGCUCAUUAAUUUGGUCGAAAAUCCACAAGAUUCAUUUCAUGAACGGCCUGUUAUCAACAGAACAUUCAACGACUCUCUUUGGACUCAAGAGUUUGCACCAGAUAAGCUAGCUGACGUUAUAUUAGAAGAACGCUUGAAGUCGGGCGUAGAUUCUUGGCUUAGAGACGCGUUUGAAAGACUGCGAAAAAAAACCACUCGAGAGAAGCUUUUGAAAAAGAAAACUGACGCGGACGACUUGGGCUGGUUUGUUGUCGAGGACGAUGUUGACGAAACAGAUAAUCAGCAGGAAGAAUUUGUUCCGCUUAUGAUUCUAUUUGGAAAUGCGGUUGGGAAAAAUACCUUAGUAAAGACUAUAGUCAACGAAAUGUCGGGUCAAGUGUUUGAAGUCAAUAGUUCGAGCAACAGAAGCAAAAAAGACAUUAUAGAUAACGUGUUGGAAUUUUCGACGACUCACUAUGUGAAAGAAAAAGGGUCCAGGGGCAUCAUUCUUUUUAGUGAUGUCGAUGUUCUCUUCAGAGAACGCGAUAAGUUGUUUUGGGCAACUUUAGAAAGACUUCUGCUGGCAUCGAGAAGACCUGUGGUAUUGAUAUGUCGAGACAUCAAUUUUGUUCCUCUCAACCUUAUUCAAGUAGCUGAAGAGGAAAAAUCGCUAUUUCAUGCCAAUCAAAUCGAUAGACAAAAUGCCGUGAUGCAAAUAGAGCGGCUUUUGAACUCUAAGGAAAUUAAGUUUGCACCCGAUUACGCGGAGAGUUUAUUACAUCACCACAAUAACGACAUAAGAAAAUGUUUUAUGGCGCUUCAGUGGCACGCUGUUACUGGCACAAUACGUGCCGAUGAUCAAGUGACCGAGGCAUACGCUGCUUCUCAUGAAACGGACUUGGCAUCAGCACUUAUCAAUUCAUGCCUUCGUUCGGAUGCCGAUUUGAUAGAGAGCAGUCUCAAAUGGAGGUCCAACUUUCAUGACGAAAAAGACCAUACCUUGAACUGUGCAAUUCACUCGAAAGAGUUCACAUCACUCUCAGAUGAGGAGAGGCUUGCAUUCGACUAUAUGGUCGACUAUAAAUACCAUUUGCAUGACUGCUUGAGACAUCCACUGCUGCCCUUCGAAUUGAACGUAGGUGGCUACCUGUCCGACCUUGUUCUCAGCCCAUACGCAAAGGAACAGAAUUCAAAGAAAAUUAUAGAAAAAGCCACUCAAGAGGUCGCUUCGUAUUUGAGCAGCCGCGUUCCGGACAGUAUUUUAUUAAGCAGCCAGCAAUAUGCUUCCACUAGGAUGACAAGAAAUUCUCGUAAGGUAAAGGAGAUCCUGGAUCGCUUCUCUGAUGAUGGCGCGCAAAAUUUGUCGCCAUAUGACGAGGUCUUUAUGUUCCUCACAUCCGUUUCCACUCGUCGUCAAAUGAGCCAGGAGAUUAUACCGUUUUUGUGUGAAGUUGCCAAAAAUGAUAGAGAUGUGAAAGAAAAGAAUAAGCGCAUAUUUGAAACCGCGAUGCAUGGCGCUCAACCAGGAUCCGGCAAAGAAGUUGUCAAGGUACUACUCCAAAAUCACGCAUUUCACCCUAUAUGGUUCAACGGAGAACCUGACCCUUUGCUGGAGGCCUGGCAAAUAAAGAUAGACGCCGGGACUAAUGAAUAA